AAUAUUACAUAAAACUAUCUUUUUUAACAUUAAUUGGGGAGUGAGAUCCAUCGAUGCUUUUCUUUGGAAAUUAUUAGAUGUUAAAAUAAUUUCGGAUAUGUAGUCAAAAUUUGUCAAAAAUUAUUUGUUUUCACUUUUAAGAAGGGGAAGUGGUUAACUUACAUUAAAGUGACAGUGUUGUUGAAUGUCAAAUUAAUUUUAUAAGAUCUUGUAUCUUCCUUAGGUAUCUCAAAACAUUAUUUUCGAAAUUAUUUUAAUUGUUACUUUUAAAAAUGAUAUGGAUGUUGCUGCUGGAUCCUUAAGGCAGGGCUUGUCACAGUAUGAGAGAGUUGGUGUGGUGAGCCCACAGGAAUCCAGCAGUGACAUAGAGCCGCCUUUGCGGUCUCUUGAGAUUGAUUUAACAUAUGUGACGGAGGAGGAAGAGGCUGCCUUGCAGUCUAAUGAUGGAUCCACCACUUCUGGUCAUCUGGUUUCCGCCCCUGCCCAGUCCCUUGACCAGUCACAGACCCCUCCCCAUGCCCAGACCCCUGCCCAUGCCCAGACCACUGCCCAUGCCCAGACUCCUGCCCAUGCCCAGACCCCUGCCGGCCCUUCCCAUUUAUCAUUUCCUGCCCCUCCCAAAAAACGCCCAUACAACCCCCUUCGCCGCUCUCCCCGUAUUAUGGCCCGUACAGCUGCCCAGACCCCAACUCCCCACUCCCCAGCUGUACGGCCUACCCCGGAGCAUCAGCUCAUCCCUCCCCAAGCCAAUCCCAUCCCUCCCCAAGCCAAUCUCAUCCCUCCCCAAGCGCUUCUUGAACUGCUACCCUCCUAA